GCUUAAAAACUUAAAAACGAAAAUGUAUAAAUUGAGUGCCGUUAUUUUAUGCUUUUAAAGCAAAGCUUUCUUUCAAAUCAAAGCUGAUAUCUCUCCCAUCGCACCGAGUUUCAAAAAACUAAGCUGGUAUCUUGAAUUCGUUAUAAAUCUUUUCUUUCUCGGCAACAAAUUUCGAGACUCGAGAUUUUUUGCCCAAGAUUGUUUGCACAGCUCUACCACAAGUCUGAUAUCGGCUGAACAUGACAUCAAAUCCUUUGAGAGCCCUCUGGUUGUUGUCAGCUGUAGGUGGGACCAAGUGCAUAUACUUCCUUGCAUUUGAACUGGGCGGCAAGUGUCAAAUGGGCGUGUAUCUACCGGACCUACGUCCAAGUUAGCACGUCUAGUUGCGUACCCUUUCAGGUCUGAAGUUAGGAGCCAACUUGAGACAAACUUGAUCGUGCAUUCAUCAUCAUCAUCAUCUGCUACCUGGGGCAAUAACGAAUGGCGCUAUGGCCCAACAGGACCUAAGAAUUGUUCUUUUCCGUGUGUUAUAUAUUCAGUGUUUCUAUCGGGAGUGUGUCAUAGGUCCCCCCAUAUCAUGAAACAUGAAACCGGCACACCAGAAGGUGACUUUCUCGAGUGGUCUAAUUCCACCUCGUGUUAAAAAAAAUAGGUCGCUUAGCUAGCUAGCUCUCUUUUAAAAAAUCAAUAAGACUUCCCUCAAUGAAUGCGUGACAGAGACGACUAAGAUUUCUUCUAACAACAUACAGCAUGUUCAGUGAUUUCUUUAUCAAUAUUCGCUGGAAAUUGUUCACCCUUCAAGCAUGUGCGGGCAUUUCCUCCAUGCUCAUUAUGAUAGGGGCUCAUGUUUGGCAUGAUUAUAUCUUCUCGGAGCCCAACACACCCAACAACAUCACGGAAACUCUGGCUCAUGAACUUGAACUAUUAGUCGCCAAUGUGACAUUCCAAAGCUCGAUAUCCGUUCCCAUACUCAUGUGGUGGGAUGGAUUUUCCUCAACGACGGGUCUCAAGACUUGUCAGACCUCACAAUGUUUGUUUGUCGAUGCGCAAAAGUUCUGGCGACAUCCACAGACGGCGGGCAUAUUUUUUUACGGGUCAAAUUUCAAACGCGAUCGCGGGUUACCUUUACCGCGAAAGGCAGAUGUGGAUUGGGCCCUGUUGCAUGAAGAGAGUCCAAAAAACGAAAUGAUCUUCAACCACGGAGGUUGGAUUCAGUAUUUCAAUCAUACUGCCACAUUCCGACAGAAGAGUGACUGGCCCCUAACGUAUCAACAUGCACCAAGUCUGGCCUUGAUAGAAAGUCGGAGCUAUUGGCUUGACUUUGAAAUCAAGGAGCAAUUGCAAAAAGAUGAGCUCUUGGCGGAUAUAGCUUAUGUUCAAAGCAAUUGCGAUAAUCCAAUGGAGCGGGAUGACUUUGUGCAAGAGCUUAUGAAGCACGUGGCCGUGGAUUCGUAUGGAACUUGUCUCCAUAACAAGGACCUACCCAACGAUAUCAGAUCACCGGAAAAGCUUGGCGAUUCAGAGUUCUUGCGACUUUUGAGUAAAUACAAGUUUGUGUUGUCAAUUGAAAACGCGGCCUGUCCGGAUUAUGUCACGGAGAAGCUCUGGACACCUUUAGUGGUCGGAUCCAUUCCUAUUUAUUUGGGUGCCACCAAUGUCCACGAGUUUUUGCCUACACAUAAAUCCGCCAUUCUGAUUCAAGAUUUCCGGAGCAUGUCGGACUUGGUGGAUUACAUUCGAACCAUAUCGACCCAUAAACAGCUUUACUACUCACAUUUGGCGCACAAAACGAAAAGUGUUACCAAUGGAAAAUUGGUGCAUGCUCUACAGAAGCCCGUAGGAAAUUUAGUGGAAGAAUUCGAGUGUCUGGUUUGCCGUCGAGUGCAUCAACGAAUGAGCAUAGCCAAUAUGGGAUUCAAACCUGAAAUAUUUAAGGCGAAUGCCAACCAUUAUGGAUGCCUCUAUCCGAAAACUGCCUUGGAGAUUCUGAAUCACGAAACAAACGAUGGUUCCAGGCGGAGUUUUUGGCAGGAUAAGUACUUCCAAAGUGAAAUUGAAGCAAGGGUGCUGGCCCAAUACAUGGACAGGAACUCUAAUUUCAGUCUUAGUGAAUACCAGGAAGUUGUCUUACGCCUUUUAAAAGAUGACAAACCAUAAAUGUUAAUAAAAAAAAUGACGUUAUGCGUUGACUAAUUGUGGAAUUGGUAAGAAAAUGCUUCAAUAAUAAAAGUGAAUACACGAGCCUCAGUUGCAGGCUAA